AUGGCCACCACGACUACUGAUAUUCGCCGUAAUGAGCGUAAUCGUCCCAAAUUUCUCCGCGAUUUGAUCAUCAUUCGUCUAAUCAAUGCAUGGUGGAUUGCUACCUUUUUUCAGCCGGAUGAGUUCUUUCAAUCUCUUGAACCAGCAUGGCGGCUAGCUUUCGGCCCUAAUAGCGGUGCGUGGCUAACUUGGGAAUGGCAAUAUCAACUAAGAUCUUCUCUUCACCCAUUCCUCUUCUCAGGGGGUUACGUGGCUGCGGAUUGGAUAUCUAAGCUUCUACCUGCGGGUAACAUGCUACGCUCAGCCGUGGUCAUCGGCUCACCAAAGGUUCUACAGGCAAUAAUUGCAGGUCUAGGCGAUUGGUAUUCGUGGCAACUGGCAGUCAAGAUCUUUGGUCCGGACUCUAACACUUCUUUCUUUGUCCUCUUUCUUCAACUUUUUAGUCCCUGGCAAUGGUACUGCUCUACUCGCACGUUUUCCAACUCUUUGGAGACAACCCUUACCGUCAUGGCCUUGUACUACUGGCCGUGGCGAAUGUUCAAAGCAGCAGCACUUACAAAGGAGAACCCCAAGCAAGCAAACCCUCUUGGAAACAUCUGGGACCUUCGAGCGUCCCUCUGUCUGGCUGCAUUUGCAGUGGUGCUCCGACCUACAAACAUUCUCAUUUGGGCAACUACUGCAAUCAUGGCCUUUACUAGGGUGUCCCUGAAGGGCUCGUCACCGUUGACUUGGUCCGCCAUCGCCCUGCUUGCUAGGGAAGCUUUACUAUGUGGAUCGCUCGUCCUCGCUAUGUCUGCCGUGUCUGACUAUUUGUACUUUGGAUUCUGGACCUUUCCUCCUUACAACUGGCUCAACUUCAAUAUUUCGAAAUCUCUCGCAGUCUUCUACGGCCGAAAUCCGUGGCACUACUACCUCUCUCAGGGCAUUCCGCUUCUCUGCACUACCAGCCUACCAUUCGCCCUCUAUGGCCUCUACAAACCUGCUACCUCCUCCACAAACGAGAGCAACAUUUUACGCGUCUUAUCUUAUACCGUCUUCACUACGGUUGGCGCAUUGUCCCUCAUCUCUCACAAAGAAGUUCGCUUUAUCUACCCACUCUUACCAAUCCUCAAUAUCACUGCGGCACCGGCAGCCGCCUCAUUCUUCACCUCGCCGCCAGCACGGACAUCCAAAUCGGCCAAUCCUCGCCCCCGUCUUUGCAACAAGCCAUAUCUCCUAGCAGCCCUCGGCGUCAACCUCGUUCUCGCGGGUUAUCUAUCUUUCCUCCACCAACCUGCCCCACUGAACGUCCUGUCAUACCUCCGCAAGGAAUACGAACGCAUCCACCGGACCUCAGUGCAGCUUGCCCACAAGACGCAUCAACCUCCGCAGACACACGAAGAGCUAUUUGCCUUGUUUCUAAUGCCAUGCCAUUCGACGCCGUGGCGAUCACAUUUGUACUACCCCGGCCUCGAUGCGUAUGCUCUGACCUGCGAGCCACCGCUUGACACACAACCUGAUACACCUGCGAGGGACAACUACCGCGACGAAGCAGACCGGUUCUAUGAUGAUCCUGUAGGAUUUUUAACAGAUGAACUGUUUACACCACAGCGUAGAAUAGACAUUCCUCUGCCCCGCUACAUUGUUGGAUUCGAGGGCGUCGAGCCAUGGUUGCUCAAGUUCUUAGAGACAGAAAGGGGGAAGACGCUAGGAAUCAAGCUCCGCCUUGUAUGGUCGGGAUUUAAUGGCUUCUUUAACGAGGAUUGGCGAAGGUCAGGUCGGAUGUUGGUCUGGGACACUGGUCUUUAUGACAACGCCCCAGCACCGAAGCAUCCACCAUAG